AUGACCUUCACUGACAAGGUCUACGCCAUCACAGGCCUCGCAGGCAUUGGCCUCGCCGUGGCCCGUCAACUGCACGAGCAAGGCGCUCGUCUCUCGCUCGCCGAUAUCUCCGACGCAGCGCUUCAAAAUGCACUGGCUCAGCUUCCGAACGCUAAUACCGACAAUACCCUCACCACGGUGGUGGAUGUGGGCUCGGUCACGUCCGUCAAUGACUGGAUUGAUGCCACGGUUCGUCAUUUCGGCCGUCUCGAUGGCGCUGCCAAUAUGGCCGGUGCGAUUGGCAGCAAACACGGCACUGGGGCGUUGACGGAGCAGGAUGAUGCGGAGUGGGAUAUGUUGUUGAGAGUUAAUCUGACUGGAACGAUGUAUUGUCUGCGGGCACAGAUUAAGGCCAUUCAAAACACGAGCCAGACGGGUAGCAUUGUCAAUGCGGCGAGCAUCCAAGGCAUCAGGGGCUUUGCGUUGCAUGCUGCUUAUUCGGCAACCAAGCAUGGGGUUGUUGGUUUGACGAAGAGUGUGGCUAAGGAGGUGGGACCAGCCAUCAGAGUGAAUGCCGUGGCACCUGGGUCAAUUCAGACGCCACUGUUGGACAAGGCGGUUGCGAUCCAGGGAAAGCUGAACACCAUGCCGACGGUGUUCCCUCGGGUGGGCACGGCGGAUGAGGUGGCCCAGUCCGUGCUGUUCUUGCUCAGUGAUGCCGCUUCGUAUACCACUGGGGGGGUGUUGAGUGUGGACGGCGGAUGGGACCCGUAA